AUGUCCUGCUCCAGCCUGUGUGCCCCUGCCUGCGGUGUGGCCGCUCCAACCCCUCUGGCUGACAGCUGCAAUGAGCCCUGCGUGCGCCAGUGCCCCGACUCCACCGUGGUGAUCCAACCCCCGGCCACCGUGGUCACCUUCCCCGGGCCCAUCCUCAGCUCCUUCCCACAGAACGCUGUGGUUGGCUCAGCAGGAGUCCCUGCCGUUGGAUCGGGCUUGGGUGGCACCUUUGGACGUAGUGCUGGCUUUGGGGGCUAUGGAGGCCUGGGAGGCUAUGGAGGCUCUUAUGGCCUUGGGGGCUUUGGGGGCUAUGGAGGCUUUGGCAGCUGUGGAUAUGGCAGCUGGGGCCGAGGCUACAGGUCCCUUGGGGGCAGCUGUGGGCCCUGCUAA